AUGAGAAGGGAAGAAUACAAACUUCAUUCAAAUAACUUUACAAAUACUUUAUUGGAUACUUUGAAAGAUGUUAUUCCAUCAUCCUCAUCGACCAAUAAGAGUUCGGAUUUGAGAAGACUCAACGAUGUAUGGGCAUCCAAAUUGAGGUCAACAAGAAUUGUAGAAGCAAGUAUUUUCAAACACUUGCAUUCUGAAUUGGCCAGUCUACCAUUUGUGAGUCCUCUCACUCAGCAACAUACCAACAAAUGUAAAAGUUUCCUCUCUGAAACUCAAACCUCAUUCACUAAUGAAACUUUUUACUUGGGCAGAUUAUUAGAAUUUAGAAAAUUGCCACAUUUGAAAGAUCUUAGAGAAGCAAGUGGUAGAAAGCUAUCAACUCCAACAAAACCAAGCUCUGACGAUUCAGGUCAAGAUAUGUUCGAAACAUUGAUUCAAUCCUUUGAGGCAGCCGAGCUCUAUUCAAAACAAGCAAAAGUAAUGACCAAUGAUCAAUUGGAAAAGCAAAUCAGAUAUUUCACCUCUCUCAUUUCAAAAUAUGUCAAGACACCAGAAGAGAAGGACAAGCUCAAUAAUUUAAUUCAUUCACCUUCAACAAAUGACGUUCAAUCUCCAAAAGAUACCAGAAAUGUGUUCAAUGAUGUAAAUAGAGUACCAGUGUCGAGUAGUUGCCCUUCUCUUGGACCUAAUAAUCGAGUUCACCUAAGUUUAAUUCCCCAACUGUCCGAAUUAUCAAUCAAUACAAUGAGUCCAACAAAAUCCAAACAAGUAUUUGAGCCUUACUUCCACUCUAAAGAAUUGAAAUUAUCAGUUGCUGGUGAAAAUAGUAAGAAUGUAUUGGAAUUCAAGACUCAUUUGAGGAGAGUUAUAUACCAGUGCUUUAGUGAUUUGGCCUCAUCCUAUGGAAAGGAGAAGGAAAAUGUUGAUGAUGUGAGAUCUUUGGGAGUUCUCUUUGAUAGAAAUAGAGUCUAUCUAUUUGAAUUCAUUCUCACAAGAAAAUUCAUCUCCAACACUAAUUCCAACUCUAAUAACUCUCAAUCGUUACCAACCAUUCUAAUUGAUGCUGUUGGAGUGAAUUAUACCAAUGGUGGACAAGGAAUGGCCCUCAUCUUUACCACUCUCUUGCAAUAUCUUCGUGAGGGAUGGAAAAUGUUUAAGGAAACAUCAGAUCCUCUCCAUCUGCUUCAUCUCUCCCUCCUAAAGUUUGUCUAUCAACAAGCAAAGAGGGAAAUUACAACAUCAAGCAGUAGCAAUUUGAGUAAUAAUAGUAUGAUUGCCACUUCCUUACACUCUAAAUCCACUUCAGAUUUGAGUAGUGUGAUUGUCAGUUCGGAACCACAGGUUUUGUCUCCAUCCUACUCUCCAACAACAUUGAAUACAUCUAUAGGAAGUUUGUUAUUCUCUGCUAUCAAUACAAGUAGUAGUAGCAGCAACAAUAGCACCAUCAGUCCAGUGAGAAGUAAUGCCUUUACAUCUGAUACUGACAUUUCCUCACCACCUUCACCAUUAAUGACUGGCCGAAUCAAUCAAACCACACUCAGUGAUAAUGCCUUCCUCACUUGUUCUCAUGUAAAUUCCAAUUCUCUCGAUUUGAGUAAUAUUUCCUCUCCUCCACCAUCCGUUCCACAACAUUAUGAUUUGGGAGUGGCACAAAACUUUGGCUCUCCAACCAAUUGUAAAUCAUCAGCACUCUCUGCCGAGCAACAAAGAGCCAUCAAUUCUAUUGCCAUUGUUUCGAGAACAGCCUCUACCAAGACUAGUAUGCUCCAAGGUCAGAGCAAUAGUACUGGUAAUUUGUUCUCCUCACCACCAAAUCAUCAUGUAAAUAAUAAUAAUGGUAAUUUACCAUCACCAAAGAGAAUGUUAUUUUCAGUUGGUGGUAAUCUCUCCUCUGGCUCUGCAUCAACUUCCAGUCUUCCAAUUCAUUCUAGUGGUGGUGGUAAUGCUUCAACAAAGGGAAUGAGGCUUCUCCAACGUUCAAAGGCCAUUCUCUCCGAUGCUACCAAUUUUAAUUAUUUUGAUAAGUUCAAGAAUGUUGUAUCUCCAGGAGGAACGAAUAAGGAGCAAACAUCCAGUGGUAGUAACAAUGUGGGAGGUGGUAUUAGAGGAUUGAUGAAGGGAAGAAAACCUCUCAUUGAAUAA